UCCCAAGCAACGUGCACACGCAAAAUUGUAGUUCUUUUGGAGGUUACGAUCGCUGUGGAAGGUUCCGCUUGUAUUCUGCAAAUACCGUGUGUCCCAACAGCCGGAGUUUCACGCGAGUGCCGGGGAUUAAAUACGACGCGUAGGCCGUGCGAAAGAGAAACGACAUUAAAGUGCGUUUCUGUUGUACCGACGUUUCUGUUGUUGUACCUGUUGUACCGGGUGCACGAGCUGCCACCUCAGUGCCUACCAAAACAUUGUUUACAGGAAACACAAGUGACAUAUGUGUCGGAAAAGCUGCGAAGCCGAGGGGGCGUGGGGAGACGACCACCAGUGAUCUCUCAAACGUUAGGUAAAGAAAGCAAGUUGAUUUGACUGAACCGCAGAUGUUUGAAGGUGGCGUUCAUAAAUUGAAGGGCGCUUGAAAAGGACGGUGAAGGAGGUAGUUAUGCGCUGCUGCGUGCGGAGCUCUGGUACCCUGUACCCUACUUUGCUCCGUCAAGUCCUCUGUAAUUAUGGAUGCUGGGGAUCAGUACCGGGUCGACAUGUCCUGUGGCUCUCUCCGCGACACCUGGUCACGGCUGGGGAGUCCCAUGCCACCCCUCUACCCAGCCAGGCCCGUGUUGUCAUCUGUGGUGGGGGGAUCGUGGGCACCUCCGUGGCAUACCACCUUGCCAAACUGGGCUGGACAGAGAUAGUCCUGCUGGAGCAGGGAAGACUCGGUGCGGGUACGACUCGGCUGUGUGCGGGCAUCAUCAGCGUGGCUAAGACCAUCUCCAUCGAGAGCCAGAUGGCCGACUACUCCAACUCUCUCUACGAGCGCCUGGAGGAGGAGACCGGCGUCAAGACAGGUUAUGUGAAGACUGGCUCUCUCUGCCUGGCCCAGAAUCAGGACCGGUUCCUCUCCCUGAAGCGCCUGGCCUCUCGCCUGAAAGUACUGGGCAUCAGCUGUAACGUCAUCAAGCCCAAAGAGGUGGCGAAGCUGCACCCCCUGGUGAACAUCCACGACCUGGCGGGGGCGCUGCACCUGCCCGGCGAUGCCGUGGUGUCCCCGCCCGAUGUCAACCACGCCCUCGCUGUGGCGGCGGCCAGUCACGGGGUGCAGAUCCACGAGCGCACGGCUGUCAAUCACGUGCUUGUGGAGAAGGGCUUCAUCACAGGUGUGGAGACAGACCGGGGACCCAUCGAAUGCCAGUACUUCAUCAACUGCGCAGGGCAGUGGGCUUACGAGCUGGGCCAGGCGGGGGAGGUGAAGGUGUCGGUGCCCCUGCACGGCUGCGAGCAUUUCUACCUCCUCACCAAGUCCCUGCAGCAGCCCCUGCCCCCCAACACUCCCGUGGUGGUGGACAUGGAUGGCAGGAUCUACGUUCGAGCCUGGCAGGGGGGUGUCCUGUCUGGGGGCUUUGAGAAGAACCCCAAACCCAUCUUCACAGAGGGCAGGAACCAGCUGGAGAUCCAGAACAUGCAGGAGGACUGGGACCACUUUGAGCCCAUGCUCAGUGCCCUCUUGCGGCGGAUGCCGAGUCUGGAGUCCUGUGAGAUCCAGCAGCUGGUGAACUGCCCCGAGUCCUUCACCCCGGACAUGCGCUGCCUGAUGGGGGAGACGCCGGGCGUGAGCGGGUACUUCGUCCUGGCCGGGAUGAACUCCUCUGGGCUGUCCUUCGCCGGGGGGGCGGGCAAGUAUCUGGCCGAGUGGAUGACCUACGGUUACCCCUCGGGGAAUGUGUGGCCUCUGGAGAUCAAGCGCUUCGGGAAUCUGCAAAGCAGCCGGACGUUCCUACGGCACCGCGUGAUGGAGGUCAUGCCCCUGCUGUACGAGCUGAAGGUGCCGCGCUGGGACUUCCAGACGGGCCGGCAGCUGCGCACGAGCCCCCUGUACGACCGGCUGGACACGCAGGGCGCUCGCUGGAUGGAGAAGCACGGCUUCGAGAGGGCCAAGUACUUCGUCCCCGCCGGGAAGGACCUCCUGGCUCUGGAUCAGAGUAAGACCUUCUACAAGCCGGACUGGUUCGACAUCGUCGGCGCCGAAGUCAAGUGCUGCAAGGAGGCGGUUUGCGUCAUCGACAUGUCCUCCUUCACCAAGUUUGAGCUGAGCUCCACAGGUGACCAGGCCCUGGAGCUCCUGCAGCACCUGUGUGCGAACGACCUGGACGUGCCGGUGGGGUCCAUCGUGCACACGGGCAUGCUGAACGAGCGAGGCGGCUACGAGAACGACUGCAGCGUCGUCCGCAUCAGCAAGAACAGCUUCUUCAUCAUCUCUCCCACGGACCAGCAAGUGCACUGCUGGGCCUGGAUCCACAAACACAUGCCCAACGACCCGCACCUGCACCUGGAGGACGUCAGCUGGAAGUACACAGCGCUGAAUCUGAUUGGCCCGCGGGCGAUGGACGUGCUCUCUGAGCUGUCGUACGUCUCUAUGACCCCAGAACACUUCCCCUCCCUCUUCUGUAAGGAAAUGAGCGUGGGAUAUGCCAACGGGAUCCGGGUAAUGAGCAUGACGCAUACGGGAGAACCUGGCUUCAUGCUCUACGUUCCCAUCGAGUACGCGCUGCACGUGUACAACGAGGUGAUGUCCGUCGGGCAGAAGUACGGCAUCCGGAACGCCGGGUACUACGCCCUCCGCAGUCUGCGCAUCGAGAAGUUCUUCGCCUUCUGGGGCCAGGACCUGGACACCUUCACCACCCCGCUGGAGUGCGGCCGCGAGUUCAGGGUCAAAUUUGACCAGGACACGGACUUCAUCGGCCGGGAGGCCCUGCUGCGUCAGCGUCAGGAGGGGGUCCCCCGGCGCUUCAUCAUGCUGGUUCUGGAGGACCACGACACGGAGCUGGACCUGUGGCCCUGGUGGGGCGAGCCGGUGUACCGUAACGGGGAGCUGGUGGGCGUGACCACCAGCAGCGCCUUCAGCUACACCCUGGAGCGCCACGUGUGCCUGGGGUUCGUCUCCCCGCCCGCCCAGUCCGGCGCGCCCGGGGUCGUGACCCCCGACUUCAUCACCCGCGGCGACUUCGAGGUGGACAUCGCCGGGCAGCGGUACCCCGCCAAGGCCAAGCUGUACCCCUUCAGCUCGCUGUUCACCCAGCAGCGCCGCCGCAGGGACGACAUGGAGCUCAGCAACUUCCAGGGCAAAUGAGGCCCCGGGCCGGGGCAGGAGGCCAGGGUCUCCCCCCUACCAUCCCCCCUCUCACCCCCAGGGGCUGUAC